AUGGCUGAGGGUUGCAAAAUAGCGCUUAAGCGUUUCGUUCAGUCCAUGUACGACGAGGGAAUAUUGGAUCUCCAAUUUCAUCUGCUUCAAGCAUUGCAGGAUCCAAGGGAUCCUUCCUUUGUAACUGAUAUGAUCAAGUUGUUCAUGGACGAUGCUGGAAAGAUCAUUGUGGAACUGAACAGAUUUCUGAGUGCAAGGGAGGUUGACUUCAAAGAAAUGGAAGUAUAUAUUUUUAAGCUUAAAGGGAGCAGCUCAAGUGUUGGGGCUAAGCGCAUCAGGGAAGCCUGCGAUGAACUUCACCAAGCUUGUGGUGCCAAUGAUAAAGAGGGGUAA